CGCCGCAGCCUGCAGUAAGAGUAGCAGCAGCGGAGGUGCGAGGAUCGAAAGAUGUGUUGAGUGUUGUUGUGGGAACGACCAAUCGCAGCGGCGGGGAGCGGGUGGGGGAUCGCCGACUUUCUUCGCCGCGCGCGCUUGACAAAAAAGCCGAUGGAGAGGAAAAAGGCUAAUUGUCGCGAGCCAGCCCGACCCGGUCACUAGUGUGUUUCUCCUGUCAGUCUCGCUUCGAGCUCGCGAGCCGCCCCGUCUCUCCGAGCUCUCACUCGCUCUCGCCGCUCAGGACUUCUCGGACUUCAUCAUCGAUGAACAAGCUCUCCCAGUCCUACCGGAAGCUGGCGCUCUACUACUGCUACGUCAUCGUCCUGAACUGCAGGGAGUGCAACACGGUGGACCAGCAGGACCGCGAGAAGCAGCGACAGCACGGCCGGUACGCCGAACCAGACGAAUGGGUCGUGAGGCUGGAAGGCGGGCCCGAGGUCGCUUCGCUGCUGGCUCUCAGGUCGGGCUACGCGCACGUCGGCCCCGUGCUCGGGUUCAAGGAUACCUACUUGUGGCGGGCGAAAGACGGCUUCCGGUAUAAAAAGAGGGGCAUGCCUUAUGCCGUGAACAACCUGAGGAGUCGCGCCAAGAUACUGUGGGCAGACCAGCAAAGAUCCGUCAGGCGCACAAAGCGGGGCUACCUGGACGACCUCGAUCCCUUCUCAAUCGAAGACUUCACUCCGGCCGCGCAGCCCGGCAGAAGAAAGCUAUCGCAGCGCGCCUUCAACGACGAGCUCUGGGAUCAAGAAUGGUAUCUGCUUGACCAGGGGAAGACAGAGGCGGAAGCGGCGCAGCCCAGGACGAUAGACCUGAACGUCCUGCCGGUCUACAAGCUCGGCGUGACCGGCCGGGGCGUCAGGAUCGCGGUCCUGGACGACGGACUCGAGUACACCCACGAGGACCUGCGCGCCAACUACGACCCGGAGAUCAGCUACGACGUGACCGAUCGCGACGAAGAUCCCAUGCCGCGAUACGAGGAACCAGAAGCGAACGGACACGGGACGAGGUGCGCCGGCGAAAUAGCCAUGGAGGCAGACAAUCGGAAGUGCGGCGUGGGAGUGGCGUUCGAGGCCAGCAUCGGCGGCAUCAAAAUGCUCGACGGCAUCGUCAACGAUCGUAUCGAGGCCGAGGCGCUGGGCUACCGGGUCGAUCUAGUCGACAUUUACACGGCCUCCUGGGGACCGCCGGAUGACGGCAAGAGCCUCGACACUCCGGGUAGACUCGCUUCCGAGGCCCUCGAGAGAGGCAUUCGCGAGGGCCGCGACGGCCGAGGAAGCAUCUACGUGUGGGCGUCGGGCAACGGCGGUUCCAAGAACGACGACUGCGGCUGCGACGGCUACGUCGGCAGCAUCUACACCAUAGCCAUCGGCUCGGCCAGCCAGACCGGUAACUUUCCCUGGUACGGCGAGAUGUGCCCGGCCAACCUGGCCACCACCUACAGCGGCGGCGCCUUCCAAGACCAGAUGAUAGCAACGACCGAUCUGAAAAAUAGCUGCACAACCAGCCACACUGGAACAUCAGCCUCAGCUCCACUUGCAGCUGGGAUUCUAGCCUUAGCACUACAAGUCAACAAAAACUUGACCUGGAGAGACGUGCAGCAUCUCGUGAUAUAUACCUCAAAACAUGAUCCGUUGAAAAACAAUCCAGGCUGGUUCAGAAAUGCAGCUGGACUUUGGUUCAAUCCAAGAUUCGGCUUUGGCCUCAUGGAUGCACAUAGUCUGGUACUGGCGAGCUCCAAUUGGACGAGUGUGUCGGAAAAGUUGAUUUGCCAAGUUCCGGCUGCUGUGUGGGCCGUCCGCGAAGUAAGUUACGGUCUGCCGCUAAGGGUGCAAUUUGAGGCGGACGGCUGUGCCGGUGUAGCCAACGAAAUCCACUACCUGGAGCAUGUACAAGUCGAGACAAAUGUCGAAUAUACGCUUCGCGGCGCUCUUCAGAUGCAUUUGACAGCACCCUCGGGUACGAGGGUCCAACUACUUGGUACGAGACAACUAGACGAUUCGACCGACGGUUUCAUUAAAUGGAAGUUUAUGUCGGUAGCCACUUGGGGCGAAGAUCCAAAGGGGACUUGGUCCUUGGAUGUCACGGACGAGGCUGGACCAAUGAAUAAUACCGGAAUUAUUCGUGAUUCAAAAUUGAUUCUGCAUGGCACGCAAGAUCCGCCCUUUUAUUUAAUUGAAACUCUUCAUGAUUGCAACAAAGUGCUUGACGAAGGUGACAAGUUAAAUUAUGUCAUCGAGGACGAAAGUAAUUUGUUGGACAAGUCAGAGUUCCCAAAGAAUCACAGCGUCUUCGACGAAAUCGUUCGCUUUUUAUUAUCAUAGGUUACUGGAUGCCUUAAUUUACGUCGGUGAAGAAAUAUAGCCCAUAAAAUAUACUUAUAGGAUUGCAGGUUCUUUAUUUCCAAAAAUAUCUCUUCAUUUCUAUACUGUAAAAUGCUUGUCAAAACUUGGUAUAUUCGAAAUCGCUGUCUAAAAAUAUACUUACGUAUCCAUUGUAUUGUAUUCUACCAUGAUUCAGUAAAGUUAUUGAGAACAUAUUUUUCUCUUGGAAUGUAAAA